GGGGAGUGCGCGCGCCAGCCAGGCCCUCACCAGUGCGCAUGCGUGGCUCUCCGGCGCCGGUCCGUACUCCAUCGUGGUGAAGAUCUCCCAGGCGCGGGACUCCACGCGGGUCGCGGCCAUCGCCCGCGCAGACCGCUCGGCGGAGGACGGCGGCUCGAGGGCCAUGAGGGACUCGAAGCUGCUGGCGCCGGAGCUCAGCGAGGCGGAGGCCAUGGGGGCCGAGGCGGCGCGCUUCGAGGAGCUGCUGCUGCAGGCCUCUAAGGAGCUCCAGCAAGCCCAGACUCCCAGGGCAGAAUCUACACAGAUCCAGCCUCAGCCGGGCUUCUGCAUCAAGACCCACUCGGCCGAGGGGAAGGUCUUCAUCAACAUCUGUCACUCCCCGUCCAUCCCCGCCCCGGUGGACAUGACGGAGGACGAGCUGCUGCAGAUCCUGGAGGAGGACCAGGCUGGGUUCCGCAUCCCCAUGAGCCUGGGGGAGCCUCAUGCCGAGCUGGACGCAAAAGGCCAGGGCUGCACCGCCUACGACGUAGCUGUUAACAGCGACUUCUACCGGAGGAUGCAGAACAGCGAUUUCUUACGGGAGCUCGUGGUCACCAUCGCCAGGGAGGGCCUGGAGGACAAAUACGGCUUGCAGCUGAAUCCGGAAUGGCGCCUGCUGAAGAACCGCACCUUCCUGGGCUCCAUCUCGCAGCAGAACAUCCGCUCCCAGAGGCGGCCCAAGAUCCAGGAGCUGGGGGACCUGUGCACGGCAGCCUCCCCUGGAACCGAGGCUGGCCCCGAGAAGCCCCACCUGAACCUUUGGCUGGAAGCCCCUGACCUCCUCUUGGCCGAAAUCGACCUCCCCAAGCUGGAUGGAGCGCGGGAGCUGUCGCUGGAGAUCGGGGAGAACCGCCUGGUGGUGGGGGGCCCCCAGCGGCUGUACCACCUGGAUAUCUGCGUGCCCUUGCGGGUCAAGGCCGAGGAGAGCCGGGCGGCCUUCCACCGCAAGAGAAAGCAACUGAUGGUAUUCAUGCCGCUCCUGUCGCUGCCUUCCUGACCUGUGGGCGUGGGAAGCGCCGUGGCCCCGGCCAAGCUGAAAUAAAAGAUAUUUGACUGCA